AUGGCCAACGCCACAAUCCGAAAGGCAGUCUCGAUCCACGGUAGGAACCCGCAACACCUAAUAGAAAAAACCAUCCGCUACCGUAUCUACGAAUCCGCCUUUUGGAAAGAACAUUGUUUCGGCCUUUCCUCCUCAACCAUCCUGCCUCUUGCCGUAUCUCUCCACCACAUCGGCGGUCUGGUUGGACUUGAAAGACCUUCGCAUUUCCUCUGUCUUGUCCAAAAGUUGCUCCAGAUCCAACCGGAAGAUUCGGUAAUCAAAGCCUACCUCGAUGCUUGCGAAUUCAAAUACCUCCGUGCUCUCACAGCGUUCUACAUCCGACUAACGUGUAAAUCCACAGAGGUGUAUCAGCUGUUAGAGCCGAUGUUGCAAGAUGGGAGAAAGUUGAGGUGGAGAAGCGCGGAUGGUGGCUAUGAGGUCUUGCAUAUGGAUGAAUGGGUGGAUAUGUUACUGAGGGAGGAGAGGGUUUGUGAUAUCAUUUUGCCGAGAUUGAGUAAGAGGGAGGUGUGUCAAGUUAGAGAUGGCUUGGCGCCGAGGAUAAGCAAACUCGAAACUUGCUUGAUCACAACUCUCCAAGGUAAUCGUGUAGCAGAGGAGGAGGAGCAAGAGAGCGAUGAUAGUCUAUCCGACCUGAAACGGUGGAAACUGCAAAAGCUUGAACAAGCGACGAGAAGGACUCAGAUCAAAACCUCGCCUUCUCCGCCAUCAAGGCAGGAUUUUGGGUUGGAGGAGUAUACUUGGCAAGAAGAAAGCGAUCAGGAGAUGGCGGAGAGGAAAAGGAGAAGAUUUAUUUCGCCUAGUUUCAGUGUUUCUCCUGAUCGGCAACUCUCGCCUUCCAUCGCUCUGGAGGAAGGAGAGGAGGAGCGGGGAUAUGUCUCUCGAUCUCCCUCUCGCUCGCCAGAUCGAACCUAA